CGAGUCUGACUGUACUUAAUACAUCCAUCUACCCGGUUUUCAGCAUGACAUGAGUUGCAUGAGAUUGAACCGUACAAUGUUACCUCAAUAACUCUUUAGUCAACAUGUUCUCAAACUUCAUCCCAUCGUCCCUCCCCAGAUUCGGCUUUGGCCGAGUCAAAACCGCUCAAGCCAUCAACAUCCCCUCUGUCGAAGUCCAUGACAUCGAAGUCUCCAGUGACAAACGCGCCCGACGCCUCAAGCAUCUCCUCAAACUCAACCAUGCAACCUUUUCAAUCUUGUACAGCAAGCUCCGAUUCCACAAUCACAAUCCUCAUAUUCUCGGUUCAGCCUUCCUCUUCGGCGGCACAGCCGACCAUCUGAACGACAUCUACGAAGACUCCGCCAACGAUGGCCUAGACCAAUGGGAAGACUCACCCGCCGAAAUUGCCGAACACGACUAUCGCGAGUUCCUGGGCAAGAAAGAGUACCAACGAGCCUUUGUCGACUUCUUCGAAGACCAGCUCGUGCUUGAGAGCUACGAUUGGAAACAUGUCGUCGAGAAGUUCCUGUUUCAGCGCGGCUCCAAGAAGUCUCCCAACGCCGAACCAAUCUUCAAUUGUCUGACCACCGGUCUAGGCCACCCGCUAAUUCACCUGGGCUAUGCCUACGAAUUGAACAGCCGCGAAGUCGGCAUGGAAGCCCUAGGUCUAGCAGCAACAUGCUAUAACCCCACGCUUGCCAAACUCCUCGAAUCCAAUCCACCACCAACAUACACGACUACCAACAUCUUCGAGAUCUUCAGCCGGGUCCAGGCCGACAAACGUCUUGACUCAGCCUUUGAUCACACCGAUGACAAAUUAAACCACCUUUGGACAGAUCAGGCCCUUGUAUCAAUCCUGCUCGAGCACUGGUCGGCCUGGAAGAUUAUCGAUCCAAACGCAGACUUUCAACAAUCCCAAGAAUUAGCGGUCGCCCUACACACCUCCAGCGCAACGAGCGUCGGCGGCCAUGGCUACGAUUUCCUGCUCGUCCACUUGUUAACGACCUCGCACGCCAUACGAAUCUUGAUCCCUUUCCUCGAGCCGCAGCACCAUUUACCGCUAGUGAAGCAGUGGUUGCUGAUCACACUGUCCAUCUACAUCACGCAAUCCCGCCCACUGAUAAAGAAAGAGUACGUCACCGAGUACGAUCUACAGGGUCGAAACUGGGACUUUGUCACCGACAAGGCGCUGCACGGUAAACACAAAUUCGACGCGCACUUCGUCAAGGGCUGUCGGGCCAUGCUAGAGGCGGAGCGCACUUGGGGCGGACAGGACGAGUACUGGCUCAAAGCGGUGGUCAAGUUCGCUGACGAAUUUCCCGGGUGGGUGUUUGGUGAUGGAUCGGAAUAGAAAGCGGAAUACAGCACACACUCGUCACUAGGAAAAUGGGAAAGCAUGGGCAAAAGAAUCAGAUUGACCACACAACUCACCUUUCCUCCACUCACAUCCCAAGAAAUCAAUUGUAUGCUUGUCCUACGACGUUUCCGCUUGGCCCAAGCGCAACGAAGGAAGGAGAUGGAAUCAUGACUGGAAGUGUACAAUGACGAAAAAAAUGAACGGGUUUUACGAGUUGGACAUGCACUGUAUUGUACUUUUAUCAGCACUGCCCGACAAAAAUAAGCAUGGGAAAGCCC